UUUUUGUCGAAAUAACAAAGACAAACAGUAGCUAGUAGGCACCAUUGACUGGCACAAGGAAUCAAUUGUUUCUUGAUCAGUCAACAUCAAAGAGACCUCGACCUCUGAUUGAACUGCACGUGACUUCUAGACGUAGCUACAUUUUUCGGAAUUCGAACACUGUCUCGGUUCACCACUCGGAUCAGAAAACAAAACGGUGUAUUUUUAUCAGAACGACGAUUUUACCGUUUGCUGACGACCUGUAUUUAGAACGAAAUUGCUUUUGGUUGAAUUAGCUAGCUACGUCCACAGACAUUUGUGCAAAAGCGACUGUUAACUAGAUUGCAAUCCAGUGACUUAACAUGUAGCUAACUUCCGAAAAUGAGGAAGAAACAGAUGUCGAGUCGAGUUUGCAACUUGAAGCGGCGAAAGGAGAAGUGCGCUGUUGCCUCAAGCGACCUAAACCUCAAGGUGAAGAGUUCAGAUAAGAGUUCAGUGAAGAAGAUGGAUGUUAAAAAAACGAAAAUGGAAGACUCAAAAACCGAAAUUGCCCAGAAUGACUGUAUGGUUGCCGGUUGUAGGGAGUCAACUACUUCUGAGAGGCUCAUCUGUGAAGGUUAUAAAUGGGAUGAAAAGACACGGUGUGGCGCACCACCAGACAUGGAUGAAUUGUGGGAGGGUAAAGAGAACGGUCUGAGAUUUGAGUUGAGCAGAACAAACGUAUUACCAGAGAAUAUGGAGGGUGACGAAACUGAAGAGGGUGUUGUGAUUGACAAGAGCAUCUUCCUUGAUGAUGACAGUAACCAGGUUCUUCCUGUGGAAAAGUUCUUUGGAAACAUGGAAGUUGUACAGGAUUGUCCACAGAGAUCUGCAGCUUCCUCGACCUUCAGCAGGAGGGAGCUCCGGAGACGACAGUACUACGCCAAAGAGGACAGUGAUGAAGAAGAGGGCACAGACAUGCAGCAAGAGGACAUAGGUGGCACUUAGUUUAUAGAAGUAACUAAAUCCUAUCAAUGGGAUGGAUUAAAACCUCUGUCCUUUUACUAGCCUAAUGGCAGACAAGCCUGGGAGAGUGGAUUUGUUCAAUGGAACGAGGGUAUCAAGUUAUCUUUUUGCCAGCAUGUACCCCAAAGUUUUUACAUUUGUAUUGAUAUUUAAAAAGCUAUUUGCACUAACAAAGUAACUUCUUGCUUUUCAAUUAUCAGGACCUAUAGUUUAUAGUGUGUGUGUAUAUAUUGUUUAAUUGGUACAGGGUAAGUGCUCGUUCUAUUUUUAUUGAAUGUGUGUUACUAUGUUACUGGUUGCCUUGUCAGUAUGUAUGUAUGCACAGUAAUAUCUUUUUAUUUGGCGUUUUUAUAUUGCCUUGUAAUAGCACGACUGAAUGAAUGCAACAUAUAAAUCAUGUAGCCUUUAGGCAGGUUUCCAUUGAUCCGGGUUUAUUAGACAAAAGCAAUGUAGCGACAAAAAAAAUGGUGAUGUGUAAUGGAAACGGCAGAUAUAGGAAACACUUUCUAAAGACAUUUAUAAAUGAUAUACAUUUUAUAAGUUAUAAAUUACAACAUUUAUCUGUUUGAUGGGUGGGAUUAUACUUUCUUUGUGACAAAUGGUGUUUCUCGAAUAAAUGAUUUCUGAAAACUUUGGAAGGUA